UGGUUUCACUUCCGCAUAUAGGGAAUGACAAAGUAGGUUGUUGUCGAAAGCUUUUGCUUCUUGGUAUCAUACAUAAAACUAGUUGAUGGACAGGAAUGGUUUUGGAACAGAUAUCGAUAUUUUCCUAAAACCUUCAGCUAAAGGCCUUGACGGUUUGGCACGCCGAAUACUACAUUUUAACAUUGUAACUUAAUCACAAACGAAGUAACGGCUACGCUUGACGCGUGACAUAUGUAACACUCUGUUCCACAACAUCAUUGAAUAACGGGAUCUACGACGGUGGAGGACGCACAUCCGUGAUAGGUUUCCAUGACGGCAGGUACAGUCAUCAUGUCACUUGUGGCAGUCACCUUUCAACUCCUUUUACUGGUCGGUGGAGGACGUGCGGUCGACACCACCACGAACUGCAAGCUGACCUCAGAGAUUCAAAAGGAAAGGGACGCACUGAAGCUUCUGGAACCCCUCACCAAUAAAAUGUUCUCUGUUGUGGAGAAAACAGCGGACGAUAAAACAUACACCUACGACUUCCAGGUGUGUGGGGAUGUUGGGGGGAUGAAAGGCGCUGGACUUGUGCAGAAAGACGGCACCAAAACAGUUAUAAUCGGAAGCUAUAAUUCUACGCAAGCUAUUCAUGGAAGUGACUGGGUGAUGCUGAUCUAUGGCGACGGGGAGAAGUAUGACAAGCACUGCUCGGGGGAGAACCGGAGAGCCAUCGUCAUGAUCUCUUGUGACCGCAACACUGCAGCCAGUGACCUGCAGGUGGUGCUGGAGAACCGUGAACGGGACAAGGACUGCUUCUACCUGUUUGAGUUGGACACGAGUGCCGUGUGCCCGGCCCUGCCUUCCAAACUCAGCGUCGGCUCUAUACUGAUUCUGACGGCUGUCUGCUGCUUUGCAGCGUAUUUGAUUGGUGGAUUCCUCUACAUGCGAUUGGUUGUCGGAGCCAAAGGGGUGGAGCAGUUCCCACACUACGCCUUCUGGUCCGAGAUCGGGAACCUGUCAGCGGACGGCUGUGAUUUUGUUUGCCGUUCCCGCGGUAACCGCCGAGAGCCACACACCCACACCGCCGUGGCAACGGAAGCCCCGGAGGAGGAGCCAGAGGAGCGCGACGAUCACCUGCUGCCCAUGUGACCUGAAGGUUCCGGAACGCACGCACGCUCGCUCGCUCACUCGUAAAAACAGCAGUGCUUCUGCAGUGACUGUUUUUCGGUUGUUUUUGUUAUUUUUUUCUCUCGGUUUUCCCUUUGUUUUUCAUCGUUUCUGGUACCGAUUCAGAACUCACCACAGGCGUGACUAGAGAAGAUCUUCAAGAGCCGCCACUCUCGUUUGUCAGGUCAACAGGGCAGGUCGACAGGUUGGCAGUCUCCCAUCACCACUCUGCUGUGUUUGAGUUAGCUCAUGAACGUGGUGAGGGGACUGCCGCUAGGGAGGCAGCCGCUACGCUAGUCUGGUCAGGGGUGAGCUGAGUUAGGGAGAGAGAUUGCACUGAGGAGGAGGUUCAAAGCACUUAGUUGAGCGCCGGAAGCAGUUUCACGUGGACAUGCAGAAAGGGCUCUGACCAAAUAUUCUUUUUUUUAAAAUACAAUUGCUUUAAAUAUUGUGCAACUUAAAUAAAUCAGUCAUGUUUUUGUUAUCGUUGUUGUUGUGGAGGUUACAAUAAUUCUGAUGGAAGAUGUGAUUGGGAUGAUAUACAGGAGUGAUUCUAUCUAAUGACCUCAAAAUUACUUAGCCUGGUGCACUGGCCCUACCUCUCGUGGCAUUGCAGGUUUUUUUUUCCAACCAAAAAAAAACUAACAGUACAUCUGCUGUACUGCUUUACAUGACAUUGUCAUCCUCUCUAGCGAGUUGAUAGGCUACUGUGGCUGUCCUCCCCCUGGCUGUUAUCGAUAUUGUCAGGCACAGUGACUUACAGUACAGCUAAGCACAAGCACUACUGGGCUGAGUGUUAUUAGGACUGGCAUAAGGGUCAAUGAAGGUUUUUUGUUUUUUUGUAGCAGACGUCAGCUGGUACAACCACAGCUAAUGCCAAUAAAUUAAUUAAUAAUUGGUGCUUAAUAUACAAUCGAUGUAUAUGUCUAUUAGAUAAUCCGGUAAAAAAAAAAAAAAAAAACAUGAAUUCCAUACAGUAGUGGAAUUGGCUGUGGUUGCACCACCCUGAUGUCUGCUACUACAAAAUCGCCAUUGACCCCUUAACGUUUGAAGUCAAGGUCACAUCACCAAGGUUAACCUUCCGAGAUGACCUUCCAAGGACCAUGGCCAAGAUUACGCUUCCUAGGUUACCCACUGAAUCUUGACUGAAUUCCAUAGUUCGAGUUUGGAGCCAUGAAAACUAGGUAGUUUAAAACUGGUGCAGCUUAGGGCCUGUGUGUUUGUUUGGUUGUCUGUUUGUUUUGUGUGUAUUCAUGAUUUUUUUGCAGAGGACAUGUGUGUGCUGUUUUGCUUUUGCAUUUAAAAGAAAUGGGUCAUCUGAAAUAAAUUCUGUUUGUAUACAACGUCAA